GUAAUAUUAAGAAUAUGAGGAAGCUGUUCUCUUCGGCUAACGAGAAACAAACACUUUUGGCAAAUGGUAAUAGAUUAAUAUAUUGUAUAUGGAAUGGAAAGAAUAUCAAGUUAGAAAAUCUGCAAAAGAGACUUGAUCAUACAUUGUACAUUUCAUCCUCAAAAUUAUUCGAGAAGGGACUCUCUAGACAGGAUAAUAUUGCCAUUAUUACCAAUCAUCAUCAUUCGGAAAAGCAUCAUCACCACCAACAUGAACAAAACAAAGCAAACAGUGAAGAAUUUAUCACAACAAAAUAUACCUAUUCUGAUUUGAUUCGGGAUAGUGGCAAUUUUGCAAACAAAUUGGUUGAUCAAUAUUGUGGUGAGAAUGCUAUUGAUGAUUCUAAUCAAAAAGUGAAACUAUUGACCAAUGAAAAGAUUUGUUUCUUGUUCGAUCCUGGAUAUGAUUAUACAGUCACAUUGUGGUCAAUUUGGAGAGUGAAUGGAACUGCUGUUCCUCUAUGUAAUACACAUCCAACAAAGGAAUUGAAAUAUUAUAUUGAUGAUUCCCAAUGUAAGGUUGUCAUUUAUCAAAAGGAAAAGAAGAGUUCAUUGGAACCUUUAUUUCAAGAAAUGAAACAUAUCAAAUUUAUAGAAUAUGAUAACUCCUUGACCAAAUCAAUUGAUAAUUCAAAGCUUCAAGUGAUUGAUUUGAAACAAAACGAUAGGGAAAAUGGAUCUUUAAUUGUGUACACAUCAGGCACAACAGGAAACCCAAAAGCUGUUGUACUCACAUUUUCAAAUAUAUUGGCACAAGCCAAUAUUCUCUGUUCUGAAUGGGAGUGGACUGAGAAGGAUAUGAUCCUUCAUUUACUUCCGCUUCAUCACGUUCAUGGGUUAAUCAAUGCUCUUACUUGCCCACUCUAUUGUGCAGCUACCAUUGAGUUUUUGAAGUUCAAUCCCGAACAAGUAUGGAAGAAAUUGACCAAUUCAGACAAGAAACCAGACGAAAAACAUAUUAAUGUGUUCAUGGCAGUUCCAACCAUUUAUGUCAAACUUAUUCAUUACUAUGAUGAGCUUUCUCAUAAAACUCAAAAACACUACACUGAGCAAGUUGAGAAAUUGAGAUUGAUGGUAUCUGGAAGUGCUGCCUUACCAACUUCAGUCUAUUCAAAAUGGAAAAAAAUAUCGCAUCAUAAUUUAUUGGAAAGAUUUGGCAUGUCUGAAAUUCUAAUGGCUAUUUCAAACCCAAUGGAUAAGGAAAAGAGAAAGAUGGGCUGUGUUGGCUUUCCACUUCCCACAGUUCAAGUUAAAAUUGUUGACUUUGACACAAGGGAGGAAAUUACAAAACCGAAUGAGCCAGGUGAAUUAUUAGUCAAAGGUCCAAGUAUUUUUAAAGAAUAUUUAGGUAGACCAGAUGCAACCAGAAAAGCUUUUACAGAGGAUGGCUAUUUCAUUACAGGAGAUUCAGUAUUAAUCGAUGAGGAGGGUUAUUACAAAAUUUGUGGAAGACUCAGUUCUGAUAUUAUUAAAUCUGGUGGAUACAAAAUAUCAGCUCUCGAUAUUGAAAGAGUAAUUCUCGAUAUGAGCAAGAUUAAGGAAUGUGCUGUUUUGGGAGUACCAGAUGAGGAGUAUGGUGAGAGAGUUGGUGCUCUCAUCUCGCUUCACAAAGGUCAAACACUCACAUUGAAAGAAUUGCAAGAUUUUUGCUCUCGUGACCUAGCCAAAUACAAGAUACCAACUCGUCUCAUUGUCUUACCAGAGGGAGAGGAAAUUCCAAAGAAUGCUAUGGGAAAGGUUGCCAAAAAACCACUCAUUAAAUUAUUCACCUCUCACAACUAAUUU